GCUUCCGGGGCGGCGGGUCGCCAUGGCGGCGGUGGCGGCGGUGGCGGCGGCGCUGCGGGAGUGGGCGGCGGCGGUGGCGGGGCAGGACGCGGCGUGGCGGGCGGCGCUGGCCGCGUGGGCCUCGCUGCUGGGCUCGCUGGCCGGGCUGGCGGCGCAGAUGCGGGCGGCGCGGCGGCUGGCGUGGGGCCGCUGGCCGGUGGGUGCCUUCGGCGAGCUGCGGGCGCGGCUGUGGCGGAAGCAGCGCGGCGCGGCCGAGGCGGUGCUGGAGCAGCUCGGCAGCCGGCGGACGGCGCUGCGGGCCGUGCGGGACGCCGUGGGGGCCGGUGUGGCCGCCGUGCUGCGGCUGUACGAGGAGCGGGCGGCGGAGCUGGGCCUGGCGGCGGCUCUGCGGCGCGGGCCGCGCUGCCCCUCGCUGGCUGAUGUACUGGAGGGGCUGCAGGACGUAGAGCGCUACUACCGGCACCUGUACCUGGAGAGUAAGCUGCUCCUCCUCCGCAUCAGCUGCGACCGCCUGGAGGACAUGGAAGCUCUCCCUCGGUCUUGGGAGAGGAUUUUGGAGCGCUACAAGGGAGAUGUCGUUCAAGAUACUCUUCUUAAGAUCUCUCUGUUUGUGGACAACCAGCGAGAGCUGUGCGGCUCACCAGGCUCUUGACCGAGAACAGGAGGGACUGGUGUUGCCCAGCUUCUGCAAGAGCCUGGUAUGUUCCAAGAUGACCACAAAGAGGAUGAUGAAUUGAGGAGGCUUUACUGGUGCUUUUGGGAAGCUGAAAGAGUUGGGUGUUUGGUCUCAGGAGGAAAUGUUUGGACUAUUUCAUAUUCAAGUGGAAACAGACUUGGUGUCUGAAGAAGGGGCUGAGCUGAACAAGCCGUGAAAGACAGAAGGGACUUGUCUUUGGCUGCGGAAGCUGUCCUCUCUUUUGCCUGCCAUGGAUAUUUUAUAUACAGGAGAAAACAUUGAGUCUUAUGAACUCAAGGAGCGCUGCAAAUAAGUGAGCACAACACAAAGCCCAGCAGGCCAAUACCAUGUAAGAAAGAUGUUUAGGUACUGUCCUUACAAAUAAAUAAAAGCUGUCAAAUCGGGGCUUAAGAACA